UCUUGUAACUUGAUGGACCUAAGAAUUCACUAUAAAUAACUCUUUAUAUCUCUAACACUCUUCAGUAUACAAGUUUACAGUUUGAAGUUGUCAGAGAUAUUUCAAUACAAGAUUUAGUAAAAAUGAAGUUACAUUUCAUACCCAUCUUUGCUUCUCUUCUUGUUGUAGUAGUAGUGACUCUAUGUGCUCAAGGAAGUUAUGCAAUUCAUCCUUCUGAACUCUACUGGCAAAACAUGUUGCCAAAGACCCCAAUGCCAAAAACUGUUCAAGAUCUUUUACGACCUGAUCUUGUAGAAGAGAAGAGCACUUAUGUUGGUGUAGGAAAAGGUGGUGUCAAUGUGGAUACAAAGAAACCAGGAGGAUCAGGAACUUCAGUUGGUGUAGGUAAAGGAGGCGUGAGUGUGAUCACAAACAAACCUGGAGGAUCAGGAACUUCAGUUGGUGUAGGUAAAGGAGGCGUGGGUGUUAUCACAAACAAACCUGGAGGAUCAGGAACUUCAGUUGGCGUAGGUAAAAGAGGCGUGGGUGUGAUCACAAACAAACCUGGAGGAUCAGGAACUUCAGUUGGUGUAGGCAAAGGUGGGGUAGUUGUUGUUAACCGCAAACCCGGAGGAAAGGGUACCGCAGUUAACGUUGGAAAGGGUGGUGUGCACGUCGGUACUCAGAACCCAAAAUCGGGUGGUGGCACAACCGUAAAUGUCGGACAUAAAGGAGGAGUUGGAGUUGACACUGGAAAGCCAGGAGGAAGAACUAAAGUGAAUGUAGGAAAAGGAGGAGUUUCUGUGAACACUCGCAAGAAAGGAAAAAGACCAGUGACUGUUUAUGUUCAUCCUGGUCCGAACCCGUUUCAGUACAACUAUGCAGCAUCUGCGAACCAACUCCAAGAUGAUCCUAACUCUGCUCUGUUCUUCUUAGAGAAAGAUUUGCAUUCUGGAAAAAAAAUGAAUUUGCAAUUCAUUAAAACUACUAAUGGAGCUACAUUAUUACCUCGCCAGCUCGCUAAGUCGAUACCAUUCUCCUCAAACAAGUUGACUGAUAUCUUGGACCAAUUUUCAGUCGACCCCUCGUCAGAAGAAGCAGAAGUUAUCAAAGACACAAUCAAAAAAUGUGAAGAACCUACAGUAGCUAAAGAGGAGAAGCAUUGUGCAACAUCACUAGAAUCGAUGAUUGAUUUCAGCACUUCAAAGUUGGGAAAGAAUGUUAAUGCCUUGGCAACUGAGAUCAAUAAAGAAGAAACAAAGAAACAACAGUAUGUCAUUCAAUCAGGAGUCAAAAAGAUGAAUGGUGAUCACGCAGUAGUCUGCCAUGGGCAGUCAUAUCUAUAUGCAGUUUACUUCUGUCAUGCAACACACUCUACUAGAGCCUAUACUGUACCAUUGGUUGGAACUGAUGGCACAAAAGUCAAGGCAGUUGCUGUAUGUCACACUGACACUUCGUCGUGGAACCCUAAGCACUUGGCCUUUCAAGUACUUAAGGUUAAGCCAGGAACUGUUCCAGUCUGCCACUUCCUGCCAGAGGAUCACAUUGUGUGGACAAUCAAGAACUAGAAGGUCAGAUACAACUUUCCUUCAUAGUAACUUCAGUUAGAUUCUGGGUUUCAUUGCAAAAGUAUACACAUAAGCACUAAACUGAAACUUAAUCUACUGUUCUUAGCACCUGUUGUAUGUAGGAUAGUGUUGUAAGUACUUCAGUUCAGUCUUUAUCCUAUGUUUGGUUAUAUAUAGAUAUACAUAUAGAAAUAAAGAAUACAAGAGUUGAUGAUGUUUACUUAAAAUUAUUAAUAAUAAUGUUGUACCUAUCUUAUUGGUUUUUUUA